GUUCCAUUCUCUCCCGCCUCUCUCUUCUACGUCUCUCAAGGUAAUCGAUCUUUCCUCAAACUCCAUCUCGCACCUCUCGCCUGAUGUCUUCAGUAACCUCACCGCUGUCCACUCCAUUAGCCUGCAUGCGAACCACCUGACGGAGAUCACGCAGGGCACCUUCACCAACAUCCCGCGUCUCUCUGCGCUCUAUCUCUCCGGAAACAUGAUCAGCUCCUUGUCUCGCCUCACCUUCGCCUUGACUGCCAUGCAGGACAUCCCCGCCUAUCUGACCUUCUACGACAACAACAUUGACUCCGUGGAGGUGGACACCUUCAAGGGUGUGCAAGCACCUUCCCACAUUGCUAUGGAUGGCAACGACCUGACCACGCUGCAGGAGGCGGUGUGGCAGCCCGUGCUGGCGAGGGGCGUCACGGUGGGGCUUGAAGGAAAUCCUCUCUCCUGUGGCUGCGACAUCGCCUGGCUGGUGAGGGACCCGACGCUCCUGACGGGGACACAGGGUGCUCGCUGCGCUGACGGGAGGCUGCUGACUGAUCUAGACCCCGCUGACUUCGAUAUAUGCGGAUGAGUGAAGCGUCUGGCGUUCGUUAUAAGAGGGGUGUAUAGCGUAAUGGUUGGUGAUUGGGUGAUGGUCAUUGCUGUGUAAAGUAAAGCAAAAUGAAUAACUAAAAAGAAAAUUUGAAAUAACUUAACUUAAUUACACACACACACACACACACACACACACACCACCACCACCACCACCACCGCUACCACCAGCCAAAAAAAAAAAAAAUGAAAACUCUAUAACACAACCAGAUGAGACUGUCCUUACCCUCUUCCCUCACUCUCCCCUCUCCCCUCACUCUUUCCUCUCACUCUCCCCCUCUCCCCUUACUCUCCCCUCUCACUGCCCCCCCUCUCAAGUGGAGCCUCGUCAAUUUGAUAGUUACGACAUUUUGGUGGGCGACGACACGUGGAGGGGAGAGGGGAGGAAGAGGAGGGGAGAGGGGAGAGGGGGACACGACACAGCGGCGCCAGUGCCAUCUAGGGAGUGACGGCAGCGAUCCUCCCUCAGUUGCCAAUUACUCAUGUCUAGGGUGAAGAGGUCAGGGCUUGUCUCUCUCUCUCUCUCUCUCUCUCUCUCUCUCUCUCUUCCGUGUCU